AUGAAGUGUACUCUUGCCAUCUUAAUGCCUGCUGCCUUGCUGUUGUCAAGUAUUCAACUUGGCUUCGCGACCAAGGAGCAUUUGUCGCAAACUAAUGAUACAACGUCGCUGAAGUCCGACGACGAGAUUGAGGAGAUCCCGUGGUGGAACCUUCCUGAAAAGGUGUCCCAUUAUGUGCAUGAAAAAGAGGAGGCAUGGUGGCCGCUGGAACAACUCGAGGAAGAGCAGGAUUUCGAGAGUACGCAGCUAAAGGAACGCUACAAGAGCUCGAGAAGGAAACUCCGAAUGUUAUACAAGAUCAAGAAACUUCAAUUGCGCGAGAAGUACAAUCUCGUGCGAAUGAAACUCAAGAAUCAAGAUAAGAUUGAUGAAGAAGAAGUGAAAGAACUGUACAAGACCUUGAGAAAAAAUGCCAGGAUUCGAUACAAGACCUUCAAGAAGCAACUUAAAAGCGAGUAUAAGAUCGAGAAGGAGAAACUCAAGAUGCAGCACAACAUCGACAAAACGACACUCAAAAACAAAAUCGAGCUCCAAAAGUACGACACGCAACCUCACGAGAAAUGA